GCCGCUAAGCUCUCGCGCGCCUUUUGGUUUUGCUCUCCGUUUUGGCAGCGCACGGCCAACCUGUGGCCUGAGAAGCUGCCACGCGCUGCCACGCGCUCUCACAGCCAUGGACGCUUUCUGUAGCCCCAAGGCCAAACCGGGAAGCGCCUUGCAGGCUGCAAACAACACGAAACCGCAGGAUCUGACCGCGCCCGCGGCGAAGGCGCCAGCGACCGCUCAAAAGACACAGCAAAACGCCGUCGCGGCGACGCCGGCCGUAAAGCCGCCCGCGCCGCCCAAGUCGACGUCGGAGAAAGCCGCCGGCGCGCCGCCCGCCGAGGCGGCGCCCAAGAACGAGGCGAAGACGCAGAAGAAGGUCGCCCAGGGCACGUGGUCGUCGUCCGUGCGGCGCCAGCUCGAGAAGGCCGACGCGCGCGCCGCCGCCGCCCUCCAAUCCAAUGAGAUCACGACGGAGGCGGUCGAGCGCGUCCUCGCCGGCAUCGGCGAGUGGCCGACGCAGGCGCGGCCGAACGUGUCGCCCGACGCCAAAGCCGUGACCGGCAUGUGCCUCGGCGCCGUGAACGUGCUCGGGGGCGUCGGCAUGCAGCUCUCGGCCGUGAGCCAGAACUUCCAGAACCUGGUGAAGCUCGUCUGCGCGUGGACGACGAAGGAGCUCCCGGACUUUCCGUUCUCGUCGCUGCAGAUCAACUACAACUACGCCGUCGCGCGCGGCGUCCCACGGCGCCUUCCCCUGUCACCGCGCGGCGAUGGUGUGGAGAUGGAGCGCCGUCGCGGCGAUGGCGUGGACGCGGAGCUUCGCGCACGCAGGCCAAGAAACAUGUCGACGGCAACAACAUCGGGCCCUCGCACAUCAUCAGCCUCGGCGACCACGCGGGCGGCGAGCUCUGGGUCGCGGACACGUUCGUCGAGAAAGAGAACGACAAGGGCGAAAAGGUCCUGCGCGGCGGCGGCGGCGAGAGCGUCAUCAAGUGCCACCGCGCCUGGAAGCUCUUCGACGGCAACAGCGAGCACUACACGAUGCCCUUCCGCGCGGCGCCCGGCAAGGCGGCGCCGACGCGGAUCUCGAUCGUGGCCUUCUCGCACAGCUCCUACAACAAGAUGCCGGAGGAGACGGCGGGCGAGAUGCGGGCCCUGGGCUUCACGGCCGGGAGUAGCGACGGCAAGGAGCUGCCGUACUUCGAGGCCUUCCGCAUCGACCCGUGUGGAAAUCAACCAGUGAGUUAGGUUAACCUCCACGCCAUCGAGCCGACGCGGUCACGGGGACAACAUCGCGUCGAUGGCGUGGGGCGCCCGAAAUUUGAUUUCCACACAGGCAUCGACAAGUCGGAGCUGACGGGAGAGGGCCUCGACGCGUACUUCGCGCUCCGCGACGACCGGCGGAAGGCGCGGCCGCCGCCGUCCGCGCCGGGCGCCGUCGGCGUCGAAUGCAACGGCUACUCCGCCGGCAAGGGCGCGGGAUGGUUCAGCUUCGUGCGCGGCCGGGCCGCCAAGCGUGCCCGCAUCGACGCCUUCUUCAAGCCCAAGGCCCCGGCCGCGAAGCUCGGGCCGGCGACGUGGGACGCGCCGAAGCGGACGAACCCCGUGUCGACCAAUUUAGAAGUCAAGCCGACGGUCGACGACGCCGGCCUCGUGACGAUCCAGCUCCCGAAGAACCGCGUGGGCCUCUGGUUCCUCGCUGUGUGGAAAUCAAAAUUUUACGGCGCGUUCGUGCUGAGUCAUCGCGUCGACCCCCACGCCAUCGACGCGACGCCUGCUCGAUGGCGCGGCGAUGCCGGUUCCUCACCGCUCGACCGAACCAGGACGGCCGCGUCAUCGCCGAGAAAUGAGUUAGUGAAGAAUUGUCGGUGCACCCGACACACUGGUUGAUUUCCACACAGGUUCCUCGAGCUGGAAGAGAAGAACGGCGACCUGCGGUGCGUCGCGCUGGAGCGCUUCGACCUCUACAACAAGGUCGAGGCGCAGUCCGAGGCGUUCCACGCCCACGUCGCGCGGAUGCCUGCCGGGCGCGUCGCGCUCGUGUCGAUCACCGACACGGCCAUGGCCAAGACGAGGCCGCUGCCGAAGCUCGUCUACGACACGCUGCGCCUGCUGGGCGGCGAGGACCACAUCGAGCCGAUCGGGUACCGCAUGCCCUUCGGGUUCGUGGGUGUCCGUGGCGCCGCGGCGGGCACGGCGAUCUGCGCGCUGGACAAGACGAAGGUCAUCCUGCGCCUCGAGGCGACCGUGCGGCGCGACGACGGCGUUGCCCUGGACGGGAAGUCCGUCGAGCGGUUCGACAUCACGGAGCACAUCCUCUCGAGCACGGAAGGCGACGGCGCCGCUGCCGCCGCGUAGAGCUGGGCGGUAGUAAGGUUGAUUGUUAUACGAC